AUGAAACAAAUUAGAAAGUUAAGAGCACGCGAUGGAAAUAAUAGGACGAGCGUGAAGAAUGCCAGCCGGCCGGCCGGCCGGCCAGACAGCACAUCCAUCCAGUGUGGAGAGGUGAGCAUUGGAGUCAACGAGGCGAAGAGGCAUUGCAAAAGUUCCAUGAUGAAAGGUCUCGAUAAAAUUGUUAUCCAGCCUUUCAAACUGUCUCUCAUAGUAACAGCGUGCCCCGUGAUCGUCACGAAGCAGCGUUUUCUACAGGAAUCACACACACUCACAUCCACACAACAGGAACACACAAACGCGCGCAUACAGAGAGAUAUAAAAUUUAUCCAGACCGAGAAAGCAUUCGAAUUGGCAAAUUACUUUCGUAACAUUACGCCACGUCCAAGCAAGCAAUCAGGGAAUAAGGCCGCCAAUUCAAACAGGAGGGCACACAAUACAAUUCCAUACAAUGCAAUCCCAGCCAGGCAAUACAGGCGAACAGAAAUAUAA